AAACGACAUAAUCUUGUUUUUUAUUACAGUAAUACAGGACAUGAUGACGUUUGCUAAUCCAUCUGACACCUUCUACAUUGUUACUUCAGUAAUUGAUAGUGUCCUGUUGUUACACCCAGAAACUGCAGUCGUGUGGAGAUCUACGCCCAGGUCAACUCACCGUCCCUCCUCCUCAGAGAAGAGCUAAGUCACUGGACCGCAGGACCUCGGAGUCUGUCAUGACUCCUGAUUUGCUGAACUUCAAGAAAGGGUGGAUGAUGAACCUGGAUAAGGAGGAUCAGGUAUAGGAAUGGACAGAUCCAGAAUGUCUUUUACUUUCGGCACUGAACACCUUCCCACGUUUCUACCCCAAAGGCACAUGGAUCCUGAAUGUAUGCGUGUACAUUUAGUGAUGUUUAAGGUGCUGUGGAUCCUUGCUAUGAAGUGGAGGAAAUACUGGUUUGUGCUGUCAGCUGACAGUCUGAGGUACUACAAGGAUUCCUUCGCAGAGGAGAACUCAGAUCUGGAGGGGGAGAUUGACUUGACCAAGUGUCAUAAUGUCUCAGAGCACCAGGUCCAGAGGAACUAUGGCUUUCAGAUCCAUACCCAGAAGUGUGUCUUUAGUCUGUCAGCCAUGACUGCAGGGAUACGGAGAAACUGGAUACAGGCCCUCAUGAAGAAUGUCGAUCCAUCUAACGCUCCUGAUGUGGCCAGCAGCUUGCCAGUCCAUCACGUCCCUUGCAGCCCAUCAGAGUCACUGCCCCUCCCUAAGCCAGACGUGACCCAGGACUCCUCCCCCUCCUCUGAGGUCCCUACAGAGAGAGCCCAGGGGCCCAAACAGAGCCGCAUCCGUGAGAGGAGACGCGAAGGGCGCUCCAAGACCUUUGACUGGGCUGAGUUCAGCCCUAUGGCCCUGCUAGCCUCUGACCAGGAGGUGCAGCAGGAGACAAAGGAGCCUCUUCGGAUGGAGGUAGGGGACCUGGAGAGGAAGAAGAGGCGAGAGGAGAGGAGGAGGAGGUAUGACAGCAUGCUCGGCUUCCUUGUGGGCUGGGAGAUGGACUGUGACAGAGGAGGUAUCAGUCCCAGGUCACCCAGGACUCACCAGAGGGUGCAGAGGGAGAUUGAACAGUGCUGGCAGCAGGUGGAAAGGACUGCCUUUAGACAGGAGAAGACUGUUCCAUUGUACACUGAGUCCCAGGGCAAGGAUAAAGAGGAUAUGGGGAUUCUGCUGGAGACCUACCACAGGAGGGUAGAAGAGAUGAGGGGCCAGUUGGCAGAGUCAGACCAACGCAGGCUUGAGCUGGAGGCUCAGUUGAGCACUGCAUUAGGACUCCAGUAUCAUGCCUCCCUGCCGCUUGAGGCCCCAAUGUGCCCAGAAGCUGAUCUUCCCUCUUUGAAAAUUCUGACGGACAUGUACAGGGAGACCAGAGAGCUCCUCCAGCAACAGGAGCUGAAGAAACAGAACAUACAGGAGCAGCUUGGCCUGGCCCUGUCAUCGGCCCCUCUGGAGAAACACAGCUCCUCUGGAACUCACCCAUCACCACCACCCAGCAUCUGGCUGCAUGACACAGAGGGAAACCUCCAGGGGCUGGAGGAUCUGUUCCCUGACUGCCCUAUAUCAGUAAACACACCUGUCAUGUCACCAACCUCAGACACAGAACUCUCAUUCUACUCUGUGCCUCAGAAUGGAAGUGAGAACAGAGGGCCUAACUUGGGCAGUGAAACUAGCUCUCAGACACAGUUUGAAAAUGGAAGCCAUCGACAGACAUCGAUUCCAGAAUCGCACACAAAAAGUUGUGCAUGGAGCCCAGAUUCACUGAGCAUGGGGGAAACUCAGGAAGGAGCCAACAGCAUGAGAAUAGACAACCUACUAUGCUGUGGGACACCCAGACCCACGGAGGAGUACGUAGACCCAGACCAGGCCAUCGUGAUGAGGAGACUAUCCCAGGAGGUAGAGCUGCUCAGCAGCCAGAACGAGGCCCUCAACCAGCGCAACCAGGAGAUGCUCAACCAGCUGACAGAGGCAGACAGAGAGAUAGAGAGACUGAAAGCAGAGCUUAUCACUCAGUACAGUGGGCCUCAGUUCCUCCCUGAGGCAGAGCAGCACAGCCAGACCAAAGUGGAAGGCCUGGAGAAGGAGCUGCGCAGGAGAGAUGAGCAGCUCCAGGAGGCCCAGUCCCUACUAGCCUCAAUGGACCAGCGUCUGAAGGAGACAGAGGCACAGCUCAGGGAGGACACUUUCAAAGACCUGGCCGUCCCAGUAGAAGAGGAUGAUGAUGAUAAUGAAGAGGAGGAAGCUGGGGAAGAGAAUAUCAACACACACCACCUUGGAGAGAAGGAGCGGGAACACCUUCAACAGUGUCUGCAGGCCAUGGAGGCCAAGCAAUUAGAACUAGAGAGACAGCUCCAGCACACAGAACAGACCUGCAGGGAGCUGCAGGCCCACAACACACAACUCAGAGAGGCUGAGCGGUUGUACAGCCAGAGAGCCAUGGAGGCAGAGGCUGACAUCGUACGGUUUAAUGAGGAAGUAGAGAAGGAAAGGACGGUGGAGAAAGAAAGUGGAUUAAGGUGUAGCAGUGAAGGCAAAUGGCAGGAGGAGGUAAUAUUGGAUUCAGGUGAAGAGAGGGUUCAGCAAGUGAUGGAAGGGAUAAGAUUGAUGUCCAGAACCUUAGGGAGAGUAGUGCAUGUGAUUGACAGGUCAGGUAUGGAUGUGGUAAAGAUGCCAUUAGAUAGAAAGUGUGUGGAGGUGAACAAGACAGUGGUCAGGCAGCUUCAGUUAGAGGAGGAGUUUUGGGGAAGGCUGUUGAACAGUUUGAAAGUCAACCCAUCCCAGUCCAAUGAGGAUAAACUCACUGAUGUGAUUCUAAGUCAGAUUUUAGAACACAUGGUAGUGGAAAAGCAAACGCUCCUCCUAGCUCAUAGUCUUUUUUCUCAUAAUAAGACAGAUUUAAACAUAAACACUGGAGGCCUGGAAAGGAUGAAUGGAUGCAGCUCUCUGAGAGACCUGGACAUCAUUGGAAACAUAGCAGGUGAAACAGGUUCAGAAAUGAAAGAGGAAGGUGAUGAUGAGAGGAUAUGGAAUGUGUACAACCAGCAUAAUGACACCGAUGACUUCCGACAUUUCACAGAGAUCACACAGGAGAGAAUUUUCCUGCUCAACCAAAUCGCCUCCUCAGUCGGAGCCUCGGCCAAUGACGAGCUCCAGUCCCUGGCACAAAGACUUUGUCAUUUCCACAAUGUAAAUGAUCCCCGGUUAGCUUCCAUACACUGCACCGCCAUGGAAGCCUUCUCAUCCUAUCGUCUCAGUAGGCUUAACACUCUACACAAGAGCCAAUUUCAAGAGACUCAACAGGGACUGCUCAUUGCUUCUUCUCCUUUGAUAUGCAGCAGAUGUGCUGGGCAGCUUUGGGCCAGACGGUCAGACCUGGAGAGACAGGGGAGUUCCUCAGUGGGAUUAGGGUUGACCCCCCUGAGGCAGGGAGAACACAUAGACUCACAGCAAACAGCCACACAGCUACUAGACACUGCAAGUGAGCAGAAGACAGAGACGCCUGCAAUGAAUGCUACAGGUAAAAUGGAUGUGGAAAGCCCAAACCACGGAGUGACUGCAGUAGAGGAAGUGUGCUGGGUUAGAAGGUGUGCAGAAGUGGUGGAGGAUGACUUCCUGCCCAACAGCAUUGAGAGUCCAAUGAUAGAGGUAGAGAGUAGGGUAGAUGAGGUAGAGAGUAGGGUAGAUGAGGUAGAGAGUAGGGUAGAUGAGGUAGAGAGUAGCGUAGAUGAGGUAGAGAGUAGGGUAGAUGAGGUAGAGAGUAGGGUAGAUGAGGUAGAGAAAGGAAUCCAGGAAGUUGAUACUGAUAAGGAUGUAGAGGAGAGGAGCACUACUGAACCCCAUGAAGAAGCAAACACUCUGGGGGAGGAUGAGCUGGAGAUUGUGUUAUCAUCACUGAGAGGUCAUGUGAAGGAUCUGGAGGAGCAGCUGUCUGUCAUGGCCAACAUGAAAGCAGAGCAUGAUGGAAGAAUGGCAUCUCUCCAGCUGAAACAUAAGGAGGACAUAGAAAAGCUAAAGGCCACAUAUGAGCAUGGCUUUGUCACCGUGGAGGAGUCCCAGCAGAGGAUUGUGGGGGAACUGCAGCACAGACACCAGCAGGACCUGCAGCGCCUGCAGUUAGACACAGACAGACUGCUGGAGGAGGAGACGGCUGCUACUAUCACAGCAAUUGAAGCAAUGAAGAACGCUCACCGUGCCGAAGUCAAGAGAGAGAUACAAAGGGCAUGCCAUGGAAACAACAAUGCAGGAGACGUGAAUCUUGGAGAAAUAUGCAGGCAACACAGUGAGGAGCUGGUCUCCUGUCACAGGGAGCUGGAGGUGUUGUCCCAGCAGUACUCUCUGAAGUGUCUGGAGAGCUCCCACCUGGGCCAGGCCCUGGAGGCAGAGAGACAGGCUCUGUGUCAGUGUCAGCAGGAGAACCAGGACCUCAGAACUCGCAACCAGGAGCUGAGUGGCCAUCUUGCUGCAGAGAUCACCAGACUUUGCUCUCUGGUCAAGCAGGACACCUUCCCUCUUAGUCAGGAGAGAGAUGUGUAUGAGCUGGAGAUCUCCCUGCGUGUGAAGGAGUCAGAGGUGCAGUGCCUCAAGCAGAAGAUCACCUCGCUCAAGGAUGAACUCCAGACAGCCCACAGGGAUAAGAGGUAUGCAACAGAGACGUACAAGGACAUCUACACUGAGCUAAGCAUCAUGAGAGCCAAGGCAGAGAGAGACCUGGGACAUCUCAGGGAGAACCUGAUGUUGGCCCACAAAGCACUAGGAGAGCUCUCACCUGCAGUGGACACAGAUAAUGGUAUACAUGACAUUAAGCUGGUGGCCCUGCCUUCAGGGAUUCAGAGAUGAACCACUGAUGUGAAAACGACAAGGUGUUGAGUGCUGCCACUCUGAGGCCAAAACCUGCAUGACAGCCAAGUCUCGCUGGAUGUUUCCCCAACCACCUCUGGUUUUGGCAGCAUCACCAGUCUGUAUCGUACAGAUGUCAUUCAUUGCGUAAUACAGACAAUUUGUGAAUAACCUCAUUAUGUUAUGCAUCUUAAUAAUAUUGGAUGUAUCUGAAUCCUCUGACUGUUAUCUGUGCAGUUUGCUGUAGCAUGUCAGUUAGUCCUUUAGAUUUUGAAUAACGUUCUUGACGUUCUGUCCAUUUCUUACACAAAUGAAAGAAAGAGACUCUAAUUAGAAGUCAUCUUGUACAGUGGUGCAGCAUAACCCUAUAGAGAUCUCCUUUGGGUACACAUUUAAAAAAUAUAUAUAUAUUUGUAUUUAUUUCACCUUUAUUUAAAUAGGUAGGCAAGUUGAGGCCAAGAUAAAGCAAAGCAGUUUGACACAUAUAACAACACAGAGUUACACAUGGAGUAAAACAAACAUACAGUCAAUAAUACAGUAGAAAAAUAAGUCUAUAUACAAUGUGAGCAAAUGAGGUGAGAUAAGGGAGGUAAAGGCAAUAAAUAGGCCAUGGUGGCGAAGCAAAUACAAUAUAGCAAUUAAAACACUGGAUUGGUAGAUUUGACAGAUGAGUGUGCAAAGUAGAAAUACUGGGGUGCAAAGGAGCAAAAUAAAUAAAUACAGUAGGGGAAGAGGUAGUUGUUUGGGCUAUUUAUAGAUGGGCUAUGUACAGGUGCAGUAAUCUGUGAGCUGCUCUGACAGCUGGUGCUUAAAGCUAGUGAGGGAGAUAAGGGUUUCCAGUUUCAGAGAUUUUUGUAGUCAUUGGCAGCAGAGAACUGGAAGGAGAGGCGGCCAAAGGAGGAAUUGGCUUUGGGGAUGACAAGUGAGAUAUACCUGCUGGAACGCUUGCUACGGGUGGGUGCUGCUAUGGUGACCAGUGAGCUGAGAUAAGGUGGGGCUUUACCUAGCAGAGACUUGUAGAUGAUCAGGAGCCAGUGGGUUUGGCGACGAGUAUGAAGCGAGGGCCAGCCAACAAGAGCAUACAGGUCGCAGUGGUAGGUAGUAUAUGGGGCUUUGGUGACAAAACGGAUGGCACUGUGACAGACUGCAUCCAAUUUGUUGAGUAGGGUGUUGGAGGCUAUUUUGUAAAUGACAUCGCCGAAGUCGAGGAUCGGUAAGAUGGUCUGUUUUACUAGGGUAUGUUUGGCAGCAUGGGUGAAGGAUGCUUUGUUUGCGAAAUAGGAAGCCAAUUCUAGAUUUAACUUUGGAUUGGAGAUGUUUUAUGUGAGUCUGGAAGGAGAAUUUACAGUCUAACCAGACACCUUGGUAUUUGUAGUUGUCCACAUAUUCUAAGUCAGAACCGUCCAGAGUAGUGAUGCUGGACCGGCGGGCAGGUACAGGCAGCGAUCGGUUGAGGAGCAUGCAUUUAGUUUUACUUGUAUUUAUGAAUACGGCUGCACAAUGAAUACGGCUGCACAGUAUUGUUUCUUAUCGAUGGCGGUUAAGAUAUCAUUGAGGACCUUGAGCGUGGAUGAGGUGCACCCAUGACCAGCUCUGAAACCAGAUUGCAUAGCGGAGAAGGUACGGUGGGAUUCAUAAUGGUCGGUGAUCUGUUUGUUAACUUGGCUUUCGAAGACCUUAGAAAGGCAGGGUAGGAUAGAUAUAGGUCUGUAGCAGUUUGGGUCAAGAGUGUCCCCUCCUUUGAAGAGGGGGAUGACUGCACCUGCUUUCCAAUCUUUGGGAAUCUCAGACGACAUGAAAGAGAGGUUGAACAGGCUAGUAAUAAGGGUUGCAACAAUUUCGGCAGAUAAUUUUAGAAAGAAAGGGUCCAUAUUGUCUAGCCCGGCUGAUUUGUGGGGGUCCAGAUUUUGCAGCUCUUUCAGAACAUCAGAUGACUGGAUUUGGGAGAAGGAGAAAUGGGGAAGGCUUGGGCGAGUUGCUGUGGGGGGUGCAGUGCUGUUGACAGGGGUAGGGGUAGCCAGGUGGAAGGCAUGGCCAGCUGAGGAAAAAUGCUUAUUGAAAUUCUCAAUUAUAGUGGAUUUAUCCGUGGUGACAGAGUUUCCUAUCCUCAGUGCAGUGGGCAGCUGGGAGGAGGUGCCCUUAUUCUACAUGGACUUUACAAUGUAAAGGGGCAGCAGGGUAGCCUAGUGGUUAGAGUGGUGGACUAGCAACUGGAAGGUUGCAAGUUCAAAUCCCUGAGCUGUUAUUCUGCCCCUGUUCCUAGGCUGUCAUUGAAAAUAAGAAUUUGUUCUUAACUGACUUGCCUAGUUAAAUAAAGGUAAAGUAAAUAAAAAAUGUCCCAGAACUUUUUGUGUUGCAGGAAGCAAAUUUAUGCUUGAAAAAGCUAUUUUUGGCUUUUCUAACUACCUGUGUAUAUUGGUUUCUAACUUCCCUGAAAACUUGCAAUUCACGGGGUCUGUUCGAUGCUAAUGCAGAACGCCACAGGAUGUUUUGUGUUGGUUAAGGGCAGUCAGGUCUGGAAAGAACCAAGGGCUGUAUCUGUUCCUGGUUCUAAAUUUCUUGAAUGGGACAUGCUUAUUUAAGAUGGUGAGGAAGGCAUUUUUAAAGAAUAACCAGGCAUCCUUUACUGACAGGAUGAGGUCAAUAUCCUUCCAGGAUACCCGGGCCAGGUCAAUUAGAAAGGCCUGCUCGCUGAAGUGUUUCAUGGAGCGUUUGAUAGUGAUGAGUGGAGGUCGUUUGACCGCGGACCCAUUACGGAUGAAGGCAAUGAGGCAGUGAUCGCUGAGAUCUUGGUUGAAAAUAGCAGAGGUGAAUUUAGAGGGCAAGUUGGUUAGGAUGAUAUCCAUGAGGGUGCCCGUGUUUACGGCUUUGUGUUUGUACCUGGUAGGUUCAUGGAUAAUUUGUGUGAGAUUGAGGGCAUCAAGAUUAGAUUGUAGGAUGGCCGGGGUGUUAAACAUGUCACAGUUUAGGUCACCUAGCAGCACGAGCUCUGAAGAUAGAUGGGGGGCAAUCAGUUCACAUAUGGUAUCCAGAGCACAGCUGGGGGCAGAGGGUGGUCUAUAGCAGGCGGCAACGGUGACAGACUUGUUUUUAGAGAGGUUGAUUUUUAAAAGUAGUUCAAAUUGUUUGGGUACAGACCUGGAUAUUAGGACAGAACUCUGCAGGCUAUCUCUGCAGUAGAUUGCAACACCGCCCCCUUUGGCCGUUCUAUCUUGUCUUUGUCACAUGUAUAAUAAAUAUCUGAAACAUC